AUGGCGGCAAAGCUGGUGUUCUACUUUGACCUCGCAUGUCCGUAUGCGUACAUGGUGUCGCAUCGGGUCGAGGCUGCAGCGGCGCGGUGUGGGACUACGGUGAGCUACCAACCGGUGGUCCUUGGUGGGCUGUACAAGCUGAGCGCGGCGCCGCAGGGCAAGGACGGCUCGGCAUCGGACGCGAUGUCGGCGGCCAAGGUCCGGGUGGUGCGAGCCGAUCUUGUGCGGUCUGCCAAGCGGUAUGCUGUGCCGCUGGUGUGGAACAAGCGGCAUCCGAUCCGGACGCUGAGUGCGCUGCGGGCGCUCACUGCGCUGCCAGACGGACCGGAGCGUGGUGAGGCGGUCCACGCGUUGUAUGCGGCGUACUGGGUGAAGGGCGCCAACCUGGCCGACGUCGACGAGCUCGCUGGGCUGUUGGCUGGUGUGGCACCGGGCCUGGACGUUUCGGCUGCGAUUGCGGACCCGCAGGUCAAGGCCGAGCUUACAGCGACGACUGAGAGUCUUGCGGCGCUCGGCGCGUUUGGUGUGCCGUGCUUUGGCCUGCCCGGCGGCUCGUUCCUGUGGGGCGGCGACAUGCUGCCGCAUGUCGAGCGGGCGCUCGGCAACACCGAGGCGCGGCUGACGCGGUGUGUGCCUGCGCCGCCGCAGUCGGCACGGGUCCGCAUCCCCACGCUGCAGGUCUAUGUUGACGUGCUCUCACCGUUUGCAUACCUAGCAGCGCAGGCGGUGGGCGCGAUAGCGGCCGAGACCGGUGCGCAGGUCACCUUUAUCCCGAUCUUCCUCUCUGGCCUGCUCAAGGCGAUCGGAACGUCGAUGGCGGCGCGGCCACCGGCCAAGCAGGCGUACGCGCUGCGCGCGGCAGAGACCUGGGCAGAGUGGUGGGGUGUCGAACUGGCGCUGCCACCUGGCUUUCCGUUCUCGCCUCUCCUCGCGCUGCGGGCGCUGGCGCUGGAGCCUUCGGCGUUCCCUGACGUCUCGCGGGCAGUUUGGGCCGACGGCGUCGACGUGACGAUGACAAGCGAGCUGGCGCGCGUCCUCGACAGCGCGGGCUUUGCGGGAGCGCAGCUUGUGGCGGAAGCGGCAAGCGUUGAGGCCAAGGGCGCGCUGCGGGCCAACACCGACGCCGCCGUCGCCGCGGGCGUGUGCGGCGUUCCAUCGUUCACCAUUGAUCACGUGCCGUCGACGCUCACGUGGGGCCAGGAUCGGCUCGAUGUUGUGGCCGACAUGCUCGCCGCCGCAUCGGCCGGCAUCGACGACCCGUUUGUGACCUCGCCGCUGUAA